AUGUGCGCGCGUCUGUGCGGCGUGUGCGGAGGAUGUGUGCGGGCUGUGCGUGUGUGCGGAGGAUGUGUGCGGGCUGUGCGUGUCUCUCUGCGGGCUGUGCGUGUGUGCGGGCUGUGCGUGUGUGCGGAGGAUGUGUGCGGGCUGUGCGUGUCUCUGUGCGGUGUGCGUGAGUGCGGUGCGUGCGCGCCUGCCGGCUGCCUUCUGCCGAAGAGGCUGCUUGACUUGCUUUCUAUUUUGAGGGCACGGAUUCAGGGACUCGGGGCCAAAAUUUCUCCGGACCCAGGUAAAUCUGCUUGUUACCUUAUUCCCCUUCCCGGCUCCGAGUGCCCGCGCUGUCCUGCAGGUGCUGUCAGAGCGCUCCCGCGAAGAGCAGCCGAGCCGGGAGCGGAGCCGGCUGCGAGAGCCGCGAAGGGAAGGGGGGACGGGGAGUGGGACAGGGGGGCUGGGAAAAACGUGUCCCCCCCGCCCCCGGCUGACGUCAGCGCGGCUCCGCGCGGGGCACCCGGCAAAAGCGCCGCGCCGCGCCGCGCCCCGCGCACUGCCCGCGCACUGCCCGCGCUCCCGCCGCGCCGCUCUCGGCCCCCGCCCGGCCAACUUCCCGCACGGCCGCGGCCGGGACGGGCCCGGCCGGGACGGGACGGGACGGCGGCGCCCCGCUGGGCUCCUGCUGAGGCGUGA